AGUCUACAGUAUAUGUUGCCGUGUUAACACUGUAUUCACAUUGAUUUUGUUCAAUCCAAAAGACUACAAGGAGGAAGUAAAUGAUUGAAUCAUGGCACACUUAAACUUACAGUAAGAUGCCUCCGACGUGGAGUUGUCCUCAGUUUCCAGGUGUGUACUUUGGAUCUCCGGAGAUAAACUUUGACUUCUGGUGUCAAUAUAAAACUGAUAAAUAACACUGUGCAAGAGAUUUUCAGCCCCAUCUGCCAAACAGUUCAGCCUUAGUCAUUAACAAAUUAGUGGACUAGUCAUAGGGUAACUCCUCCCAGUCCAAUUAAAACCUUUAAUACAAGUAGCAACCGGCGGCAUCAGCAAACCUGUCGCCGAGCAGCGUUUCCCUCGAGCUUCAUCUGUGAAAGGAUGAAAACUCUAAAGGAAAAAAUCAUCGUCCUUUCGGUUGUCCUGUCCCUAAUAUGCUUCACCCAGGUCAAUUCAAUGCCUUUACCCAAAGAGCUGAAUGGUUUGGUGCAGCGGACCAAACGGUCACUGGUGUGGCGCUGGAACAUUAUGAAGCCUGUUGGAACCAGCUGCAGGGGUCACGCUGAAUGUGGCACUAAUUACUGCAGGAAAUAUGUUUGCUCCUUCUGGUACUCCACAUAAAGAAGAGACACACAAACACAGCUCAGUCAGAUCGACUGUCUGCAAAUCAAACAUCUACCUUAUGGACCGAACCUACCUGUCUUUAAAUCAACCCUGCCUGAAACACCCGCCUUGGCGUUGUGGCUCGAGCCGAAGACGUGCUCCGUUUCAUUAGUGCCUUCCACUAAUUUGACUCUGCAGCAAAAACAAAGCUGUAAAACCUGACCACAUGACCAGACAGGCUGUGUAAUCUGAAUUCAAUAUAAAUAUUCAUGCAAA